AUGAUUAAUGAUAUAAUUUUAAUUGAUAAAGAAAAAGUGAAAACUCCAAGUGAAGAAAAAAAUAUUGAAAAAAAUACUGAAAUUAAAUUAAGAAUAUAUGGAUGCCAAUUAAUACAAGAAGCAGGAAUAAUUUUGAAGCUUAAACCUGUAACUAUAGCAACUAGUCAAGUUUUGUUUCAUCGUUUUUAUUUUAAAAAGUCCUUAACUGAUUUUGAUGUGAAAAUUAUAGCUCCAUCUUCAUUAUAUUUAUCAUGUAAACUAGAAGAAGAUUUUCAUCGUGUUUAUAAAAUAAUUAAUACCUUUUAUUUUUUAUAUAAAUAUGAAGAUUUAAAAAGUAAACAUUAUUAUUUUGAUGUCAAAAAUAUAAAAAUUGAACAUUUUAAAAUUGACAUAGAAUCCCAAGAAUAUAAAAAUAUGAAAGUAGAUAUUUAUACGUAUGAACUUCUUAUAUUAAAAGAAAUUGGAUUUUUAGUUUAUAAAAUUAAUCAGCAUCCGCAUUUAUUUAUUUUACCAUAUAUUCAUUCUCUAUUUAGUAAUUUAAAUAAAUAUGAUAAAGAUUUAACUAAAAAAUUAGCACAGAUUUCUUGGGGAUUUCUUAAUGAUAGCAUGAGAACAACACUUUGCUGUGAGUAUCAACCACGUUGUAUAGCGGUUGCUAGUAUUUUUUUAGCAGCUUAUAAUUUAAAUAUUCCUUUAAUUAAAGAAACAAACUGGUUUAAGCUAUUUGAUGUAGAUUACAGUGAUAUAAAACAAAUAUGCAUCAAAAUUUUGCAGCUUUAUAAAAUAGGACGUUGUGAGUAUAUAGAUGUUUUAGCAAAGAAAAAAUAA